UCGGAAGAGCACAAGACGCCAUGUCACUUUUUAUUUAGAUCUAGACAUAGACAUAAAUAUAUAUAUUGUCUAUGGCUCUAGGUCUAUGUACAUUUGAUUUUUCUGGUCUGGAAAAGAAAGUGUUAUAAAAUACCUAAUAACUUCAAAUUUGAAAAUAACUCAAAAUGUUUUCAAUCCUCAUAUUCUUAAAAUAUUAUUGGAUUGUUCAUUCUGCAGCUCAACAGCCUAUUGUAAACUCAACACAGCACGAUAUUGGUGACACAUUUAAUAUAAUUUGUGAUGUGACAAGGUUUGCUGACCUUAAAAAGAUAUCUGAUUUUGACUACUUGGAAGAACUGUCACUACAUAGAAAAUCAUUUGUGACAUUAACAUCUAUACCUCUCGUUAUUUACUUACCUUCUACUGAUUUUUCUUUUAUUGACGGAGUUGUAAAAUCGAAUUUUCUUGUAAAACACAACCCUCGAAAUCAGUGGCUAUUUCAACGCACUGGCGGUGUGGCUUUCACAAACAGAAAAACUAAUCAAAAAAAUAUUAAAAUCAUUGUGACAGCAGUCAAUUUUCAGUGUAGUGAUGCAGGCGAAUACCACUGUAAAAUUACUUUAUCAAGUGGUAAAUUAUUUUCUACUAGUCCUGUGAACAUAACAGCCAAAGCUCCGAUAUCUGAUCAUAAAAUUCAGAUUAAUCUACACAAUGGAAAUGAUAGUUACUCAUCAACUAAUUAUGUAGAAGAAAGUAUAAUUUUGACUUGCACAGUCACAGGUCCUCCUAGUCUUUUAAUAACUUGGAACCAGACAGCAAAAGGCUCAACUAAAGAAAAUCCAGCAACUGGUAAGAUCAGUUCUAACAGCACAUCACAAUCUGUUGUUUCCACUGGCUGCGAAAUUCAUUAUUAUUUUUUAAAACUACACUUUGAGCUCCAAGAAACUGAUGAUGGGAACACUUACUACUGUAUAGUUUCAAACGAUACUGGUGAACAGAGCAGAGAAAACUUCACUCUUCGUAUUAUCUCAUUUAUUAAAUCAACAAGUCAACCAGAAUCCCAAUCAGCUAGUACUGGCGUUGGUACCUAUUUUGUUGGUGUGUUACUUUUUUUUGCCAGUGCUACUGUUCUAAUCUACUAUUUUGGCAUUAGAAAGAAACAUAGGAGUUCUCGAGAUGAUAAACACGAAAGUGAGGCUUGAUUCCUCGAAAUCAAAUUUACGUCGUACAAUUGGUACAACUAUUUCUAAUCACACAGUUAGUCUAUAUCAGUGAUGUGUAAACCACAGCUCCCGAAAAGGCAUAGUUCAACAUGCAACAUGUUUUGUAAUAAUGUUUAAACAUAACAAGUUUUAUUAUCAUUCCAAUUAUAUUGAAAAUGUCUAUUUCUAUGAUUCGCUAAAAUUUGUUGUUUAUUAGUUUUAUGAGUAGCCUUAACUAAAUGUUGAUGUCUAAUGUUCACCUGUGCUGGUACACAAACCCAUGUCAACCGUGUGCCACAGAAACAGGGAACCUUAAUAUCAUCUAUCAAAUAUAUUGCAAAAUUACGUGUUUUUUUUAAUUGAUUUCAAACAUGUUAAUUGUAACUAUUAAAUGCCUAAUGAAAUAAAUUACAGUGCAAAAAAAACAACAAAAAAAA